UUUUUAUUCUGAGAAUUUUCUUCUCACUAGGUUGGAAAUCUCCCUUUUCGCAGAAUCUGUAAAGAACUAGGAGCAGAUAUUACGUGCGGAGAAAUGGCAAUGGCUCUGAAUUUAUUACAGGGACAACAGUCGGAAUGGGCAUUGUUACGACGUCAUCACACAGAAACAACGUUUGGUGUUCAGAUCUGUGGAGCUCACGUAGAUGUUAUGACUCGCUGUGCUCAAAUGCUAGCAGAAAACGUUGAUGUUGAUUUUGUGGACAUUAACAUGGGGUGUCCUCUUGACCUCGUUUAUCAAAAGGGAGCUGGAAGUGGCUUGAUUGGCAGAUUAAAUAAAUUGGAAGAGAUUGUGGUUGGGAUGUCUUCUGUUCUUGAUGUUCCUUUAACAGUGAAGAUGAGAAAAGGAAUACAUGAUAACAAGAACACGGCCCAUAGUGUCAUUAAUCGCAUCAAACAGCUUGGAGAGCGAGUAGCCUUAAUCACCCUUCAUGGCCGAUCUCGAGAACAACGGUACACCAAGUUGGCAGAUUGGGAGUAUAUCAACUACUGUGCAAAAGAAGCUGACCCAAUUCCCUUGUUUGGUAACGGAGAUAUCUUAUCAUUUGAAGAUGCAAAUCUUCACAAACAAAACACCAAUAUCUGUGGAAUAAUGAUUGCAAGAUAUGUCAACAUAAAGCCAUGGAUUUUUUACUGUUUUGACUCUAGUGUUUUGUUUUUUGUUAGAUAUGUCAACAUAAAGCUAAGGAUUUUUACUGUUUUGACUCUAGUGUUUUGGUUUUUUGUUAGAUAUGUCAACAUAAAGCCAUGGAUUUUUUACUGUUUUGACUCUAGUGUUUUGUUUUUUUGUUAGAUAUGUCAACAUAAAGCUAAGGAUUUUUUACUGUUUUGACUCUAGUGUUUUUUUUUUUGUUAGAUAUGUCAACAUCAAGCCAUGGAAUUUGUACUUUUAUGGCAUGCAGUUAGUGUUUUUUUUUCUUCUUAGAACUGUCUUGAUAAAGCCAUGGCUUGUUUAUUCUAGUAACACUAGUGUCUUGUUUUUAUUAGAGGUGUCUUGAUAAAGCCAUGGCUUGUUUAUUCUAGUAACACUAGUGUCUUGUUUUUAUUAUAGGUGUCUUGAUAAAUCCAUGGAUUGUUUAUUCUAGUAACACUAGUGUCUU